AUUACAUCACUUGAAUUUAUUUUUGAGCUUUAGUAUCGAUUGCCAUUGCUAGGUUCAAGCAGUUUUAAGUCAAUCAAUUUUUAUAAUUAUCAUCGUUAUAUUAACUUAAAGUAAAUUAUAAUAAUAAACUAAAAAGAUUGAUUAAUAAACACAAAAAAUUUGAUGAUUGUUGAUAAAACUAUGAUAUAGAAAAAUUAAGACAUACUUUCAUCUUUCAAGGCGAUAAUAUUGGCAGCAACUGUAGAAAUAUGACUCAGAAGGGUUGAAUGGGUUGAGUAUUACUGUAUUAGAAUUGGAAUAUACAUAAGAUCAUUCGUACAUCUGGAUUGGCUGAUUCACUAAGUGUCACUUGUAUAAAUAAUGUCUUUACUAAACUAUAGUUCAAAUUUAUACUAUAAAUAAAUUAUUAUUUAAAACAAGUCACUAAUUAUCUAUAUUUUUACAAUUAUUACAUUUUUAAUGAUCUAUAAGUAGUGAAUUAGUAUCGAUCAAAACAGUAAGAUUAUAACCUCAAUUGUCAGUUUGCAAUUUGCGAAAUUUGUUUUGUUGAUGGUGGCGCGGGAAGUCAAGUAAAAAUAUUUGAAUGAAUGAAAAAAGUGUAGGUAUAAUAUACCUGGUAUAUAUAUUUUUUUCGAGUGAAAGAUAAAAAAAAAAAAUAUUGACAAUAUAAUUAUAAAUUUUUGAUAAAAUUAUUUUAAAUUAUAAUGACUGUGAAUAAUGGCUGUAAAAUACAUUUCUAUCAUAAUAAAGACAAAAAAAUGAAAGUAUCAAUCGGUAAGCCGGAAAGACAAUAAAAACCGGAUAAGUAGCAGUGAGCACAUAGUUAUACAUGUCAGUUUUUAAAAAUCAGCGAACGCUAUAAUAAAUUUUUAUAUAAAAAAAAUAAAAAACACAUAAAAUGAAACUGUCUACUCUUUUUUUUUUAUUUUACUCUAUUUUUUUGUCAAUAACAGAGAUCAUGUCUUUUGAUAAAGAAAUCACUGUUGAAAUUGGAAAAUCAGUGAAAAUUGAAGUUGACAUAUCAGCUGAUGGACCAGUAUUAAUUUGUUGCUUGCAAAAAAUCAAGGACAAAUACAAUAAUGAAAUAAACAAUGGAGAAUUAAUAAUGUGGCAUUUUUUGCCACCUCCUAUUCCUCAAGAAUUGCAAGAUUUGUUUGACACAGAUAUGAAGACAGAAAUGGUGUUACCACAAUGGUUAUUGAAAGAAAAAUUUUCGGAUAAUGGUGAUAAUUCUUGUACGUUUCAAAUUACGAAUUUUAUUAAUGAAUUAUAUGGUAAAUGGAGUAUCACUACUGUUUAUCAAGCUGAUGCAGAAGAGACAAAAUAUUAUCAGUAUAAACUUGAUACAGUACAAUUUGUUUGAACAUAAGGAUAAUUAAUUAGAUAAUAAAUUGAACUGUUAGAAUUCUAUUUUGUUUAGAUAAUCAUUAGUUAAAUUACAAAUGUACCUCAAGCUAAUAAAUCUGAUAAUUUAUAAUUUUUUAUACAGACCAGUCCUUCGAAUUUGAACUAAUAUAAUGAUUUUUUUUUU